AUGCAAGCGUCGGGCAGAUUUGAGUGGCCGGAAGCUUGGGAGCAAUCUUGGCAAGCGGCGCACACCCCUACGCCUGUCCCACGCCAUGCGCCAAUGCACGGGGAGCCUUUGCAGGUCACACCUUUCCUUCGAAGCGAGGGCCUGGAGUUCGGCAACAGUUCUGGGCUUGAGAACGACUUCGAUUGGAACAAUCCCAUGCGCGUCAUGCCUUUGGGGAGCGACGCGAAGGCCAAUCCUUUCCAAGAGCAGAAGAGACACUCUGCUCAAGAUGUGCCCGUACAUCGGGACAAGCACAUGGGAGGAAUGAAAAAGCUGGUCCCAGUUUUGCAGAGCCUGGCAAAGCAGUAUGGGCUGAACGAUGAUUGGUGCCAGGAGACGCUCACAGAGAUUGUGAAGCGCAUGCCGGGCUUCGAAAGCCCCGCAACAGAUCCUUCCACUGAUCGUGCAAUCAUUUGGCGGUCAGCCAAGCCUGAUCGCCCGGAACACGUGGAGCAGCUGAAUCGCAUCAUCCGGUCGCAGAACGAGGACUUUCGUGAGGCGCAGGCGGAAUGGAGCCGGCACAUGGAAGAGCUUCGUGGAGACCAUAAUCGCGAGCUCGAGAAGCUUCGGCGGGAGAAGCGCCAGAUCGAGAGCCAGGCGCGGCGGGAGUUGGCGCGGCUGAACUAUUAUCUUACUCUGUUCGGAGCGGAGGAGGCCUUGGGCAUCAAGAGGGAGCCGGACAUGUCAGCGUCGAGCAAGGACUCUCAGGAGGUAAAAGCCCUGAAGCAGCGCUGCAGAAGCUCGGAAGAGCGCGUGCAAGAGUUGGAGCAGUACAUCAAGGAGAGGAUGCACCCGACGGAGGUGCAGCCAGCCGAUGCAAAUGCUGUCCAGGCGCUGCGGCAGACGGUGUGCGCGCUGCAGCAGGAGCUGAAGCAGGCGGCGGCUGAGCUGCAGGCCCUGCGGCAUCACCACCAGCAGAAGGUCACGUUUUGGGAGCAGGGUGCUCAACGCCUCCUGGGCUAUGCGGAGCAGUUCUUCAGUCUCAACGGCAGGGUUGGGGAGGGCAACUUCGAGGAGAAGGCUACCCGCGUGGUGGUGAAGAUGCCAUCUUCCAAUCAGGACGGCGAGGUGGAGUCGCUGCAGCGCAUGCUCAAGGAAGCGUUGAAGAAUCCCAAGGUCAAGAACAGCCCGCGGGCACAGGGCAACGGCGAGCUCACAGAUGGCAAGGAAGCCAACAAGGAACCGGAAAGCCAACCAGUCCUCGAUGGAGCUGCUUGCCAAGUAAUUCGCCCAACUGCCAAGGAGGAAGGCGAACCUGCAGAUGGCAAGGGCGACGAGUUGCAACUGGCGGAGACAGCGCGUGUGGCCCACUUCGUGGCACAAUUUGCUGUGGAUCUUCGGAAAUUACUGUCUGCCAGUGUGCAAGUGCCAGCCCCCCCGCCAGUCACGCUGCCGGUCGCCCAAUCGCUGGCAAAGCAAGAUGAAGGCGAGGUAGAUGCUAUAGUGGCAGCUGCUACCAGUGCCAGAGAGAAAGCGGAGGUAAAGCGCAUCAAGGAAGACUUCGUGCCAGCGCGCCGGGGAGCAGCCGAGAGCGUUGCUGGAGCGGAGCGAGCGCUCCGCAUCUUGGACAGGGACCUCCGCAACUUGUGCCAGAGAUUCUUCAAGGAAUCUGAGAACUGCCCUGGGUCAGACCAAGAGAUUCAAGAGGAGGUGCAGAAGAAGCUGCCUUUGGAUGAGGAGCUUCAGCGGCAAUGCCUUAUGAGCCUCCGCCAGGCUCUUCAGGGAAGGGCAUGA